AUCGACUCAUCAGUGCUUCGCACCGUGCCAUCGAGAAGGUCUCUCCAGUCAGUCCCGACAUUUCCCCUUGUCGCAUAAUAUCUCCUCACAGCAGUUUCUUCUUUCACAAGACUUAGGCUGUCCAGCUCAUCGAUUUUUUUUUUCCCGUGGACUGUGAAUUUCUUCAUCUCUAAUUUGAUCACGAUGGCACAGUGGGGAUACACUGGAGAAACAGGACCAGCCCAUUGGUGUGAUAAGUUCCCUGAUGCUAAGGGACAACGCCAAUCACCCAUUGAUAUCGUCACCAAGGAUGCCAAGGUGGAUGCCGCGCUGGGUCCCCUCAAACUCACCCCAGCUCGGUGUGCCGAUGUCGUGAAUAAUGGCAAAACCGUGCAGGUCAAUAUUGACAGCAGCGACACGAAUAUGUGUGGGGGACCUUUGAAGCAUAACUACCGAUUUGCUCAGUUCCAUUUCCACUGGGGAAGCAAGGAUGGCCAGGGGUCUGAGCAUACAGUCGACGGUAAACCCUACGAUGCCGAGCUUCAUCUAGUUCAUUGGAAUACUGAUGUGUUCAAGGCUGUAGGUGAAGCUUUACCAAAAGACCAAGGUUUAGCCGUUCUAACAGCAUUCAUCAAAGUCGGCAAAGAGAAUUCCGCUUGGAACAAGUUGGUGGCGCUAUUGACCAAUGUCAAAUGCAAGAAUGAUAAAUUCAGUAUUCAAGAAGCCUUUGAUGCUCUAAGCCUUCUGCCUGAAAACAAAUCUGAUUAUUGGACGUAUGAAGGUUCCCUGACGACCCCACCGUGCUAUGAGAGUGCAAGAUUCAUCAUCUACAGGGAACCAGUCGAGGUGUCUGCUGAACAGAUGAGUGCUUUGAGGGGUUUGUUGAGUUACUGCAAGGGGGAGACGCCAUGCUGUAACGCAUCUGACAAUUUGUCUGAUAAUUACCGUCCAGUUAUGCCACUCAACGGACGUGUGGUUACAGCAUCUUUCCAGGCCUAGGGUCGCUCCAGGACGGGAAUAGUCUUAGUUCAAGACGCUCCGGUUGUUUAUUAUCUCACUACCCCUGUGGCAAAUUUCCAUUGCUGAUAGAGUCGCCAAUAGAGGGCGCUAUCAACACAAACCCAUAUCACCACCCCACGAACCUAUGCAUUGAUCUCUAUUACAUGUCAAUGAAUAUUGACGAGAGUCGCUAUCACGAUAGCGAACUCGCAUGACAGCAGUCGAUAGUGAGAGAGCGCCCUCUUGUGGUGAUGGAUCAUGGAAUGAUAUCAUGAGAGUCUUGAAGCUAGGCUAUGAUGGAAGUGACAUCACUAAUCAGUUAGUUUGUCAAUGAGUCUUUUUUUUAAAGUUUUUUUAAUGAAGGGACAAAACUAAUGGUAGAUUAUUUUUAAAUUUAGUGAGAACCUGAUGGGAACUGCGCGUGAGAAAUAGUAAGUUUGUGCAUCAAUAUCUUCAUGCUUCUAUAUCAAACUCUGAUUUUAUUGAAUUACGGUCCAGUUCCCCCCCCCCCACAGUUUUCUCUGAUUAUGUUUUGGUCGUUUCCCUUUGCUUCUCAAGUUAUGGUAAGAUAAUCAAAUCCACAAAGAAUGUCCGAUUUAUGUUUUGCCACAAUGGGCUUGAUCAUUUGAACACCAUCAUUUUUACUUGUUAAAACCAAUUUAAACUUCUCACACUACGUCUUCAAAUCAUGUAAUAAGUGAUCAGGUGAUAGGUUUUAGAUGUGUAUAAAGAGGUGCUAAACUCACACUUUGUUAGAUUUUAGCUGUUAUAUAACAUUUCCAGCUGUGUAGUAUCAUGAAUUGUAAAAUAGUGUGAAAAUAUUGCCACCAUCAAAAAUUUUAUAUUCAUAAAAUAAAAAUUGUUUGUAUAGCAAAUUCAUAAAACAAAAAUUGUUUGUAUAGCAAACAAUUUAAUAUAUUUUUUAUUUAUUGAAAAUAAAGUUUAUAAUGUUUGCAUUUUGUCCUGGCAAACGAGAAUCAUGGAUUGAUAGAACUUCAUUUCAAUUCAUAAUAGUAGUGCAGCUAAUAAUUUUUAUGUUAUUGCAAUAGUUUUACGUUUUCGUGAAACGUACGAGUUUAAAAUGAUAGCUUAUCACAAUGAUAGUACGUCUAUUUUGUUACAAUGUAUACGUAUCAUUGGUUUUGUUACAUGUUUUCCGUCGCUAUUCAGAGAUAUUCCAAGACCUAUAAUUUAAAUUCCAAGUAUGAAGACAAAUGAGUUUGACUGUAUUUUAACAUGUUUUUAAACUUCUCUCGAUUUAAACUGUGUGAGAAGGUAGAGUUAUAAUAAACAACGGUGUUGACGAAGAA